GUGUAUAUAUGUGGGGGGGGGGGGCAACAAUAAAGCAAUCUAAAAACAAAUUUUAUGGUUUAUUAAAAGUUUAGGACCAAAAUGAAAGAAGUGAAAAGUAUAGGGACCUUUAAGCAAAACCAAAGUAAAGGAAAGCGAGAAAAAAAGAAAGAAACAAACGCGGUUUGGUUUGGUGUGUGAUUGUUAGGAGUGGAAGGAAGUAGUGAGAAAGUCGUUAUUUAAAGUAGCGGUUUUACGGUUCAUGCCCAACAACCCCUGUUUGGAAACCGUUAGAGAAUCCCCUCUUUUUCCCAUUUAUUUCUCUCAUCUUUCUUCUUCUUCUUCUUCUUCCUUCUUCUUCUUCUUCAAUUAACUUCGAACUCCCAAAUCAAAUGACUCAAUUCCCCUCUUCCAAUUCAUAAAAUCAAAACCCUAAAUUCCAGAAUCCACCAUGGUUUUGAUCGGAAUCGCCCUCCCAAAUCAGAACAAUCAAACAAAUACUAACAGUAUUAAUAAUAAUCGAGUUAAGGGAUCAUGGAGUCCUCAAGAGGACGCUACCUUAAUCAAAUUGGUUGAACAGCAUGGCCCUAGAAACUGGUCUUUGAUCAGCACUGGAAUUCCUGGCCGCUCCGGCAAAUCCUGCCGUUUGCGCUGGUGUAAUCAGCUCAGUCCGACGGUUCAGCAUCGUCCUUUCACACCGGCGGAGGAUGCUGUGAUCGUUCAAGCGCAUGCCAUUCACGGUAACAAGUGGUCCACUAUUGCUCGCUUAUUGCCUGGCCGGACCGACAAUGCGAUUAAGAAUCAUUGGAAUUCGACGCUUAGACGCUGUCGCGAUGCCGAUUUGUCGUCUGAUUCGACGGCGUUUCUGAAGCGACCGAGUUACGAAGUUUCUAGAUCGGCGUCGGAUGAUGAUGAUAACGAUGAUGAUGAUUCGGUAGCCUCGUUGAAACGUAAGUGCUUCGAACGGAACAGCCGCGGCGGCGGAGGAGGACCGGAGACGUCGUUGAGACUGUCACUGCCGGGAGAGGUUGUGGUAUCGGCGGCGGUGGAUGUGAAAGUGAAGGAGGAGGUGACGGUGGAAAGUGAAAAGAACGACGGAUGGCGACGCGUGGCGGCGGCGGAGAAAAGGAAUCGGAAAAGGGAAGUGGAUGAGACCUGUUUGGCAACGAUAAUGCAGAGGAUGAUAGCCCAGGAGGUUAGAAAUUACAUAGACAGUUUACGGGCCCAUGGUGGGCUUGGGAUUGGGCCUGGAAUUGGGCCUGGGCUGGAUCCUACAAUUCAAGAAACUCCAUAAGAGUAAUCUCCCUUUUCUUAUCCAAUCUUUGGUUGGUUGACUUAUUGGGAUCAAAUUAAAAGAACAUAUGAGAAGAAGAAAAAUAAUUAAGUUUUCUUAUGCUUUUCAGAUAGUGUUUGGAUGAAGAGAAAAUGAGAAGUUUGUGGACUAGUGGGCAGCUAGAUUUUUGUUUAAAUGGGUUUGGUGUUAAAAUAAUUGAAAUUUCCAUUUUUUUUUACAUAGUGGAAAAAAAUGAACCAAGAAUUUAGGGUAUAGAAGUUGAAUGUGGGGUUGUUUGUUUAUUUCUUGGUUCAAUUAUGAGGUUUUCAGAUUUGCUUGUUCCAUGUUAAUUAAAAGGGUCAUUAGAAUUUAA